UCAUGGCACCCCUACUGUUGAAGCACCUGGCGACCUCCCUGACUCGCCAAGUGGCCCAGAUGAGCCGUUUAAAUCUGACCUUCUCCUCAUCGGCAGCGAAUGCCUACAGAUGUCUCUACUCCCUCACCACAGCUCCCCGCACACUGCUCCUGUCAUCAGCCAGAGUCAGCCCCAUCCAGCUGCCCUCGUCUGGCUCUUCAGCUCAGUGUGGACCAUCUCUGUUGGGACAGUGUCAGCAUUUUCCCUGCGUCCAGCCAUCUGCAGGGAUGAAAACCAAGUCUGCCCUGAAGAGGCGCUGCAAUGACUGUUUCUUUGUUCGGCGAAGGGGCCGUUUGUUUGUGUUCUGCAAGACAAAUCCAAGACACAAGCAGAGGCAGGGCUAAAAUGUUAAAUGAGUAUUGUAUUUACAAGAACUGUGCUGUAAUAAUAAAUUGUUUGACUGAAGAACAAA